GUGGCACCACACACACCACCGACAAACAUUACAUGAGUGCAAAGAGGAAGGACGGCCCGGCCGCGGACGCGGCCGCUGCGCAAGCCUCGAAGCGCAAGAAGUGUCCUUAUCUGGAUACUAUACGUCCCCAGCUUCUGGACUUUGACUUCGAGAAGGUGUGCUCGAUCAGCUUGUCCGACCAGAAUGCGUAUGCGUGCCUGGUGUGCGGCAAGUAUUUUCAAGGACGUGGACCCAACACGCACGCGUUCACGCAUUCGGUGCAGAGCUUCCAUCAUGUGUUCAUCAACUUGUCCACGGACAAGAUCUACUGUUUGCCUGACAACUACGAAGUCACGGACCUGUCGCUGGCGCCGAUCAAGAACGCUCUCCGACCGUCGUUCACCCCUGAGUACAUUGCUUCUCUCGACACGAAUCGCACCCUUGCCCAGGACAGCUUUGGCGUGUCAUACUUGCCUGGCUUCAUUGGUCUGAACAACCUGAAGAAGACCGACUACAUCUCCGUGGUGCUCCAAGCGCUGGCGCACGUCACUCCCCUCCGAGACUACUUUCUUCGACCAGAAAACUACGCCGCCGCUGUGGCGAAGACGCGCUCGCCACUUGUCCUGCGCUUUGGCGAGCUUAUUCGCAAACUAUGGAGUCCGCACAACAUCAAAAACACGAUCAGUCCACACGAAAUAGUCCAAGCGAUUUCCGUGGUCAGCAAGAAGCGCUUCCACAUCGGCCAACAAAGUGACGCCCUGGAGUUUCUAUCAUGGUUCCUCAACGAGCUCCAUCGCGGACUCGGCGGCACCAAGACUCCAGGCUCGAGCAUCGUUCAUAAAGUCUUCCAAGGCAUGGUUCACGUCACAACGUUGCCGGCAUCGGGAGCGGUCGACAACGACGCGUCGGGGGUGUCCACUGCCGUGCCCUUUUUGUAUUUGACGUUGGAUUUGCCGCCGACGCCGCUGUUUAAAGACUCGCAGGGCGGAAAUGUCAUUCCCCAAGUGCCGCUGUUCACCGUGCUCGACAAGUUUGACGGAGAAAAGAUCACGCACGUGCUGCAAGGAGCACUGCGCCAGCAAAAGCAGUACGCGAUCGACUCGUUGCCGCCGUACUUGAUUUUUCACAUUCACCGGUUCACGAAAAACAACUUUUUCACGGAAAAGAACCCGACGAUCGUGAAUUUUCCCGUCAAGAACCUUGAGCUGAGAGAUUACGUGGCAUCGCGGUUGCCAACCGAGGCCGAAGUCGCCGAGAUGUCGACAAAGGAACUGAAGGCGCUGCUGUCGCACUGCGGUGGGUCGGCGGCCGGAAUCGUCGACAAGGCCGAGUUGGCGGCACAAGUGAACGCGCAUGUGGCGACGGCGUCGCAGACCAAGUACAACUUGAUCGCCAACAUUUGCCACGACAGCCCGGUCACGAUCGGGAAGGAGACAACUGCUAUCAACAUGGACCCGCUCGCGGAUGGCACGUACCGCGUGCAUGUUCAAAACCGAUCGACCGACCAGUGGUACGAGAUCCAAGACCUCCACGUCCAGGAAACGAUGCCGCAGCUGAUUGGGAUUUCCGAGUCGUACGUGCUGAUUUACGAGCGAAAGGACGCCGCGUAAUUCCAAACGCAUCCCGAUUGUGGCGAGGUCGUGGGAUUUUUUUUCCCGCGGCGUGCAUUCAUGAAAGGCGACGGAAUGGACGUCGUGUACCGCGGUCGGCUAGCGUUAGAAGUGUGCAUGGACAAUCGUUGGACCGUCCAUGAGCUACUUUGGAUGGUUGCCAAGUAAUGACUUGACAGCGUUGACACAGAAAGAUGGAUCAAAGUUUCAAACAGCGUAUCGAUCGCGU